UGGGCGUGCCGCAAUAAUCUACAUCCAAAAGCGUCACGUGACCGCACUAAAUAACACGCCAAAAAUAAUCCGCCACCUGUAUGACACGCGCUAUUAGUACAGUCAGCCUGCUGUCCGUCAAUCCCACCUUCCUCUAGAACCCGAGCUGAAACCGGAGGAGGUGGGAGAAAGAAGAAGAAGAGAAAAAAAAAGAAAAAAAUCACGCGCUCCGGUUACGCGAGAGAUGCGCGCGCCACCCUGCACGCUCCCACUCGUUACGCUCUUUUGCACAGAAUUAAUUUCGCCAGGAAACCGGGCGCGCUGAUUUCGGCUGGGGGGCUGAGGGUCGUCUCGGUAGAGUGCAGGACGUAGUUUGGAAACAUGAAGGACCGCACGCACGAGCUGAGGCAUGGGAAGGACACUGAGGAGGAGGAGGAGGUGGCAGUGGGCAUGGAGAAAGGCUUCAUGGAUGAGUUCUUUGAACAGGUGGAAGAGAUACGUGGCUACAUUGACUCACUGGCUGAGAAGGUAGAGGAGGUAAAGCGGAAACACAGUGCCAUCCUUGCCGCGCCAAAUCCAGACGAAAAAACAAAAACAGAACUGGAGGAGCUGAUGACAGACAUCAAGAAGCUGGCUAACAAAGUGCGCUCCAAGUUAAAGAGUAUCCAGCAGACCAUCGAGCAGGAGGAAGGACAGAACAGGUCUUCAGCUGAUUUGAGGAUACGGAAGACACAACACUCCACUCUGUCACGUAAAUUCGUGGAGGUGAUGUCCGAGUACAACGCGACGCAAUCGAGUUACCGGGAGCGCUGCAAGGGCCGGAUCCAGAGACAGCUGGAGAUCACUGGAAGGAACACGACAAACGAGGAGCUAGAAAGCAUGCUGGAAAGUGACAACCCAGCUAUCUUCACAUCGGGGAUCAUCAUGGACUCCAACAUCACCCAGCAGGCCAUGAACGAAAUCGAAACCCGUCACAAUGAGAUCAUCAAGCUGGAGACCAGCAUCCGCGAGCUGCACGACAUGUUCAUGGACAUGGCCAUGCUGGUCGAGAGUCAGGGAGAGAUGAUCGACCGUAUAGAGUAUAACGUGGAACACGCGGUGGAUUACGUGGAAAGGGCUGUUUCAGACACCAAGAAGGCAGUAAAGUACCAGAGCAAAGCACGGAGGAAGUUGAUCCUGUUAGGAGUGUGUGUGGCAUUUUGUCUGCUCAUCCUCAUCAUCUCACUCGCUGUUGGACUCAGCUGACGUGCAAAGAAGCCGCAGUGUGUACUGGAGAAAUCAGCUUUACGUUACUCAACCACACACUAGAAGAAGCCAGGAUGGGUUUCUGAGUCUGUUCUGAAGCACACGUGGCGGCGAGUUUGGAUAUCCAUAGACCAGUUUCAUUGCGAUUCGUUAGUAUGUUUCUAUACGGUUUGGGUUCAUGCUCUGCUAAUGUGCUAACCUUUCAGUGUAGUCGUGAUAUAGUCUUCAUAAUGUAUUUAAUAUACUGAGUCGAAAAAAGUCUUUUUAUGGAACCGAUAUGUCAAUGUUUUGUUCAUUUUGACAGAGUGUGUGAUUAUUUAACACGUUCACAUUAAUAGAAUUUUUGUCUACAGAAAAAUGUCACACUGUGAGCUCACGUGUAGAUUGUUCCACCUACCUCACUCCUUUCUCUCAUUCUUAUGUGUGUAUGUGUGUGUGUGUGUGUGUGUGUGUGUUGCAUUAUGCCUGAAGUAUCUGCAUGCACUUCAAGGCUGUGUAAAGUUUGUGGCAUGUUCCUUUCAGUCUAAUACUGUUUUUGACAUGGCCUCAUUGACUUCCCGUGAUCACGUGCUCGUGCACUACAUGAAUCAAUGAAUGAAUAGACACUUGCACCACGAGGACGGGUAUCAGGGGAAAUGCGGUGUGUAUAGUGUGUACAGUGUAGUCGAUUUUCAUUCUGCUAUGUACAGAUUCACAUCGGCUCGCUAGUUUUCCGACUAGAUGGAUCGCUAACGAGCUAGCAGGGUAAGAAGUCGGCAGUUAAAAUAACGUUAAUAACAGGGGGAAAUUAUACCGUUUAUAGUAAACUCCAGCAGGCUACUUCACCAGCUCUUACGUCCAUAUCUCUUAUAGCCUUUAUAGUGCUGGCUUGUAGCUUUCAAACAGAAACAGGAAAAGAAAAACUGGCUAAUCCUGUUUCUAAUCAAAGCAGCUGGUAUCCAAUAAAAUGUGAGUAAAUCCACGAAUGCAUUCAUUAAAACAAAUUCUAUUAUAAUCUGAAUAUUACCUAAUUGUGCAUACAUUUGAAUCGUUUCUGUUAGCCCUUCUUCUUCCAAGAAAGGAAGAUCCUGUUCUAAUUUCAGAGCCUAGGUUAAAGGUGUUCAUUGGGGUCAGAGUGCAGGGUCAGCCAUGAUGCAGCCAUGAGACUUGGCAGCACAGGGGCUUGAACCUCUGAGCUUCUGAUCAGUAACCCAGGGUAACCCUGGCAGUGCUGGGGCUUGAACUCCUGACCUUCUGAUCACUAACCCACAGCCUUAACCGCUAAGCCACUACUGCCCCCUUGUCUAAGGUCUAAGGAACCUCAAUCGUGUCAAAUGAGAAAUGACAAAGGAGAAGUCAGAGUGUGGGUUAAAAACAGUAUUAGCACAGCUAUUAUCUUCUGUGAAGAUGGCAAUAUCAGUCUGCGCCUUAUUUAUUCUUGAUACGAGUCAUAAACGGAGUUCCGACACCCCCAUGUGGUGUGCGCAGUGUAUGUGUUCAUCUGCUGCAUGUCCUGCUUUGGUUUUGGAAUGCAUUUUGCUAGUGACUGCAUGUGAACAUAAAGCUCACUCCUGUUUUUAAUGUAAUCAACAUGCAGUCAUUUUAGGUCUCUCUAAUAAUAAAGGUUAAAAUGAUUAACUCUCCAA